AGGUCCGUGCGCGCCCUCCUUAUGAAUCUCAUACUUGCAUCAGUUAGGAAUUGGCCAUGCCGAGCUGUGCUGUUUGCUGCCCCUAAAAACAGCGGUAGCAUCGUCAUGUUCUACAUCUUCAGGAACGCAUGUUUUUUGACCCGCGAACCUGUGAGAAUUUCUUCUCACGGUAUUUUUAUAAACUUCCAAUUUUUUUUGGUAAGACUAGCAAGGACCCGUGCAUUGCAACGGAAAAAUAAUACCACAUAUUUUUAAUUAAAUUUUUUAAAAAGAAAUUAAAGGAAAGAGAGAGAGUAGUAGUGCACAACCCAUUAGGCGUGCCAAGGCCCAGCCUUACCCACUCCUAAAUCCUCUAACCUAGCCCGAUCCCCAGCCCCCCCCCCUCCUCUCCUCCACCUCGCGCCGCUAGGGAAGAGAGCCCCACAGGAUCCCCAAUCUCCCCGACUCCCCCUUCAACCCAUUAGGCGUGCCAAGGCCCAGCCUUACCCACUCCUAAAUCCUCUAACCUAGCCCGAUCCCCAGCCCCCCCUCCUCUCCUCCACCUCGCGCCACUAGGGGAGAGAGCCCCACAGGAUCCCCAAUCUCCCCGACUCCCCCUUCAACCCAUUAGGCGUGCCAAGGCCCAGCCUUACCCACUCCUAAAUCCCCUAACCUAGCCCGAUCCCCAGCCCCCCCUCCUCUCCUCCACCUCGCGCCGCUAGGGGAGAGAGCCCCACAGGAUCCCCAAUCUCCCCGACUCCCCUUCCAAUGGCGCCCGCACUCCCCUCCUCCUCUGCUCCUCCACCGCCUCCCACCUCUACACCUCGCGACCACCUCCCAUGGUGUGCUGCUGCGGGGUCGGCCUACGGGGCCAGUCUCCGGCAAGACUUACCCCGUCGGUUGGCUGAAUCUUCUAACCCCGACGCCCCCACCUCCACGUAUGCAUCGCCGGCGCCAACCCCUUUCCUUCGCCCCGAGCCCCCUCUGUCUCGCGGCUCCACCUCUGUUCGCGUCAUCCCAAUUUCUUCUUCUCGAAUUUGUUUCUCUGUUGAUUUCCGUUGCCUCUUGUAAAAUCACCGAGGCGCAUGUAUAUAAAGUGAUGAAAUUAUCUGUGAAGUAUCGAUGUGGGAUUAUGAGGGCAGAAGCGAUAGUCCUUUCGUGCGUUUUCUGUCAGCCCAGAUGCGUUUCUCUUAUCCAAUGCCAUAGGGGCCUCUCUGCAAAAAUGAAACGUUUUCCUGUUCGUAACACAUAAAAAGGUACUACGGGUCUAAUUACCUAAAAGACAGGGUUUUAAAAAAAAACAGCGGUGGGUUUUCCGACGGAAGCAAUAGACUAUUUAUUAUUAGAUAAAGAUACAAGUGUUUCAGGAACGCAUGUUGUCAUGGAUAAAAAGAAAUGGACGCGGAAAAGAAAAAUGACUUGUAUAUUGCUCAAAAUCAAGAAGAAUUACAAUCAGCACCAUAUUCAGGAUCGCAUCAUGAUCGGAUUGACGGAUAAUUUCAUCAGAAAAUUAAAGCAACGGGAGCGGCAAGUCUCAGAUAACUGACGGAAAACUGGGACCGAAUCGGAUUCACAGAAAGGAAAUCUGACGCGUCCCUCCAUCGCGUGCAUGCCCAUGGUCUUUAAAUAUCAUGUACUCCUACAGAACACCUUCGCGUCCCACUCCCACAACACCUUCCGAUCCAGCCGCCAGCCGCCAGCCCUCGCUCCCAUCCCUAGCUAGAAGCCGCCGCCCGGGAUGGAAGGCCUCGACGUCGAUGGCAUCUUCCAGCACUACCGCCUGAACCCUACGGAGGUGGAGGCCGUCACGUACUACCUGCCACGCCUCCUCUCCAGCGACACGCUGCAUGGUGCCGAGAAGCUCAUCCACGACGUCGAAAUCUCCGGCUGCGAGCCCAAGGAUCUGGCCGCCCGAUACGCGCCCGCGCCGCAGGCCGCGGGCAGCGGCGACCGGUUCUUUUUCACCACGUCCAAGAGCAAGAACGGGAGCAAACUCCAGAGCGUGCGCACCGCCGGCGGCGGCACCUGGACCAUCCAGAAGACCACGCAGAUCAGCCACGCGGGAAGCAAGGUCGGCGAGGUCAAGAACCUGUCGUUCAAGAAGAAGGGCAAGUCCACCGGCUGGGUCAUGGAGGAGUACCGGUGCCUGCUGCCGGAGGCCACCGUCGCCGAGGGGGUGAAGGUGUUCUGCAGGAUGCACUUGGCUCAGCAUGCUCCUGCGGCGGUCCGCCAAGAAUCAGCCGCGUACAAGCUUCCAGAACUGCAGCCAGAGGCCGUGACUGCGAGCACGCACGCACAGAAGAGGAUGCGCGUUCCCACAUCGUCGUUCACUGCUGCUGCACCGGUUUUCUUGCCGGAUGAGUCAAUACCUGAAGCUGAGGACGACAUGGGCCGGUUGUCUUGCUCAAUGGAGGAGCUUCUCGGGCUGCAAGUCGACGAAACUCUCAUGGUCGGAGCUACAAAGAACAUGGUGCCGCUAGAAGCUGAAGAGAACGUGGAACAGUCUCACUACUCUGAACCAGACGAGGAGCUGAAGUUCCUACUCGAUGAAGCAGCAGCAGAGCAGGAGCAGCAGGCCGUCUCGACGAACGAAAAGUUAUCCAUGGUUCAAGGCGUGGGGAGUUACAAGCCGCCGGUGAUCUUCUCCCAUCCAUCAGAAGCAGAGUGGCAGGCCGACGAGGCGCUCGGGAAGGAUGGGGAGGCAGAUGGUUUUGAUAUCGAAGAACUAGAGAGACUGAUGGAAUCCGGCGAGGCGCUCGGGAAGGAUGGGGAGGCAGAUGGUUUUGAUAUCGAAGAACUAGAGAGGAUGAUGGAAUCCGGCGAGGCACUCGGGAAGGAUGGGGAGGCUGAUGGUUUUGAUAUCGAAGAACUAGAGAGAAUGAUGGAAUCCGGCGAGGCGCUCGGGAAGGAGAAGAGGUACAACGCUGCGCCGGAUGGGGAGGCAGAUGGUUUUGAUAUUGAAGAACUAAAGAGAAUGAUGGACCAACAGGAACCUCUGUGCCUGGAUGCCUUGGACCAAGGCACACUGGAGGAUAUGCUGCAGUCUGAUUACCCUGUCUUCCAUGAUGCUGAGAAGGAGAAGAGCUACAAUGCCGCGCCGGAUGUUCACGCUCCAUCGCUUCAGGGACACGACCACUCGUUCAAACCGCGGCCGUGCUCCCACGAUCCAUUUGAAGCAGCGUGGAAGGCUGAAGAGGCGCUAGAGAACGAGAAGAGGAACAAUGCCGCGGCCAAUCUACUUGGAGGAUACAACAACUUCUUCUCGUCUGCAAGGGGUAGUGUCCAUUAAAUCCAAUGUUGAAAUUGUAUGCAAAGUGUAUACGAGGAUACUCACUGGCUGAUAUAUUAGUUCGUCCUUGUACAAUCGCCACGGAUGUACCUCUGAGCAAUUUGCUCCACUUGUUCAUGCAAGCUAGUAAAACUGUUGUUGUUCAUGCUCCUGUGAUGGAUUUUAUGAACCUUGAAUUCACUCCUGUACUAUUACUUCUUCAGUUAUGUUUCCAGAUAGAUAAGCAAGCAUGAUGCAGUCAUAUGAUCUGGACAACCGCAGAUAGGAAGCAACUGUGUUUGUCAAUCGAAACCAUUUCACUUCUCGUGAUAGUCUGCAGAACAACUUCAAGUUCGUAAGAUGCAGAGCAAAUUUAAGUUGUGGCAAAGAAAAAUGUGUUCCCUCUAUUUUGCAUCGCUGAAUUCAUGCCUUUUAUCAUCAACUAAAACCUGUUCCUUCUGGGAGAUGCCGAUCUAUUUAAACAGUUGACUGAAUCAUCAAAAUGUUCUGGUCAAACAAUCCUUAUUUUGUAGCUUCCCGGUUUAAACAUAUACAGACCUCAAAGCAGCAACUGGCGCAUGCCCAUGUCUGAAGUCCGAACGGUAACUGCUUUUCAGGAAUGCUACAGUGAAUAGAGUUUGAGUUUAAGCUCCUUAUCCCAUUAGUCUAGAUCUCUAGACCUACUAGCUUUUUGAGACUCAUCAAAUGCAGAAUUCAGACCAUCUUCUGUACUGUCAGUUCCAUUGUGGUCAGUUGUGGCUGUUGUUCGGUUCGGUUCGGUUUUGGUUAGGUGGUUCCUUAUGCUUAGUUGGACUAUUGGAAAUAUCUCUAGCAUUGAUCUUGUUAUUUGAAUGUUGCAUAUUGAUGGUGCCCUGUACCUAUGCAUUUAGAAAGUGGGAGUAUUUGUUAUCUGAAUUAUUAUUAUUUUUCAUUACGA